GGACAAACCCCAUUCACUGAGCUGCAGCACUCUCAAACCAAACCUACCUGCCAGACUCACAAUGCUCAGAUCACUCACACUCCACCAACCCGUCUCCUUCACGCUGUUGCUCCUGCUCAUCUCCUUCUCCAGCUCAGGGGAGAGUCGGCCUCACGUGGCCCACAAAGGCGCACUUGAUGUGGACAGAAUGGACAGCCAGAGGGUCCUGCUUCUGGAAGCGGUGAAGACGGGGAUCCUCAGCUCAUUGGGUAUAGACAGGGAGCCCAGGCCAACGCAAAAAGCCUCUGAAGAAGAGCUGAGGAAGAUGUAUCAGCUCUACAGGGAAAAACUGAGAGAGAUGAGAGGAAACCACAGCCAGACAAUGACAGAAACCUGGCAAUCCAGCAAGUCUACUGUGCUCUUUCCUGCGACAGUGGAGCCAAUAAAAGCGCUUCGAAGAUCAGAACAAACACAGUCAGCUCGAUGCAUGCAGUGGUACAGAGCUGUUUUCCACAAGAACCGAAAUAUCCAGACUGAACUGACAAUAGCUCGGGCUGAGCUCAAGAUUUCCAGGCAUGUUUUAGACAAAUCCACUUCAGUUCAGCCCGAGGUAAGACAAGAGCUUAAAGUUAAAGUCAACAGGAUGAAGCCAAUGAACUCUGCUGUUUGGACGCACGUAAGCUCACCAGUCCCUGCCAAUGUGUCAAGCACUCGAGAUGUGAUGCUGGACAUCAGCCAUGAGGUGGAGAAGUGGAUGAGGACUGAUGGUGGUCAGGCACUGGUUGUGGAUAUAGGGAUAGUAGUGAAUGGAAAAGAUGCCCUCAAGACAAAUCCAACAAUUUCUCUAGAAUUAGGCCUCAUAAAGCCUAAACCAGCCCGGAGGCCGAGACUGCCUCGCUCCAACAAGGAAGACGAAUGCGAUGAGCGAGGAUGGUGCUGCCGGAAGUCUGUCACCGUCUCCUUCAAAGACAUCGGCUGGACGGAUUGGGUGGUGGCCCCAGCUGAGUACACGAUGCAUUUCUGUGACGGCACCUGUCCCCACAACUACAAGCCAGCGAGCAUGCACACACAGGUGAAGUCUCGGCUGCACCAGAUUGCCAAGGGAGUAACACCUCACCCCUGCUGCGUACCUGCGGCCUAUGAGCCCAUGGUCCUCAUGCACUAUGACAGUAGGGGACGGUUGAGCCUGACUCCUUUCGAGGACUUGAUUGUCAGUAAAUGUCACUGUGCCUGAGGACUUUUUUUUUUUUUUUUUCCUGUAAACCAGCUUUGGGGGAGCAUUGUCACUUGAGAAAUGUUACAAAACCUGCCAUGUUCUUAGAUUUACAUUUUGUAAGCUGUUAUUUAGUGUUUUUCACUGAAUAUCCUAAAUUAAAAUUGCAAUUAUCCAAUAUUACUUCAUUUUGAAGAUGAAAAACAAGUUACUGCUGCACAGAGUAACUGUUUUGUUUUGCAUUGUGGAUCAAGCAGUAGAUCUGUUCAACUUUGCCUAUGAAAUGUAUUUAUUUUAAGUUCUAUUUAUGGUCCUAAACUUAUUAUUAACUAUUUGUGUGUUUUGUUAUUGGUCUUGUUUUGUGUUAUAGCAUAUUUUAAUACUUCUUUCUAUUUAAUUUUACUGUCAUUUAUUAUUUAAAGUACUGUAUUGUUUUAUGAGACACAUGGUUUAGAUGUUUAUUGUCUUAUACAUUUCAAUGAUAAAUGUUCUGAUUUGUUCCCACUGAACUGCUGCACUUAAAUAUAUCAGCAUGUACAUUUCAUAAUAAACACGUG